AUGACUCUCCCUCAUAACUCAUUUCCCGACCCUUUUCCGAACGUUCCUGAAGAAUUAUGGUUGGAGAUCUUCUACUACGCGACUGUUGGUGAAUGCGUUGAUGAUGGCAUAGACUACGUCCCAUUCGCUGCCAUCCCUCUUCAAGAACGCGACAGUCCUCGCGUAGAACGAAGGUGCUUCGCGACGAAACGCAACUUGCUUCUAGUCUGCAAGGCAUGGAAUGCUCUUGCGACAGAGACUGUCUAUCGGACAAUACGAAUCUGUCACGGAACCAACACACUAUUGGACUCUCUUGAUAUGGAUACUUCCGGUGAGAAAGCCGGAGGUGGAAAUGGUCGUUUCGUUCGAAACAUCGAAAUCAAUUCAAGAGUCCAGGACUUUGAUCCAUUCAAUCCAACCAUCGUUGCUCAGAUUUUAGCUCAGUGUCCUGGCAUGGUUUCGCUCGCCCGGCCAUUUGCCUCUGCUGGCAUGAACCUAGCCAUCUGCAAGGUUAGAGCGGGCAAUCAUGGUUCCCUUGAAAGUUCCCAUACACAGGUCAUCCCUCAUUUCCCAACUCUAUCCGCUUUACGAAGGGUAGACUGGUGGCUUCCGGUGACCAUGCCUUCCCGCCACCGUGACUCUGGUCCCUCAUCAACCGAGGUUUUUCACGACCUUCUAGGAGACAUCAUCAAACAUGCUCCCAAUCUGCGAUACCUUACAAUCGGUGGGCCACCCCACUCAUACAUAUCUUCACAGCAGUACUCCUCUUCGCCCGUUCUUUCUCUUCGCAAUCUGACUACGUUGAGACUUGAAUGUGAUGUGCUAUUUGACAACGGCAACCUCACAGCCACAACUUGGCAGCUCCCAAACCUCACACAUUUACUAGUUGGGGGCUCAUAUUCUGUUGCAACUCCCGUCAUUGAGGCAUGUGGCUCGCAUCUCAAGGUUCUCGAAAUCAUCCGAAAGUCAUCGCGGAAUAUGGGUACAUUCGUCCCUGCCAUGUUUCACGACUUCCUGUCUAGAGCUUCCAGUCUAGAGGAGUUCAACUUCCCACUCGAUAGCUACGUCGAGGAUUAUCGUCCACUUCCACUCGUCUACCCUUCCACAUUGCGAACUAUCACACUUUACCUUGAUAAUUGGUCACCCGAUUGGCUUUCUGAACCAAUGUUCGACUUUCUCAAGGACCCACAUCGUCUUCCCAUGUUGAAGCAGCUGGUCUUCUAUCAUCACGGCCGAUGGCAAGAGGCCUUCCAACAACCAACCUUUUUGCUUGUUAAGCAAGCUUUGGAAGAGCGGUCCUGCAGCAUUGAAUUUGCUUAG